AUGCAGUGCCGAACUUUCCGUCUUAUUCUACUUGUUAUCGCCCUGCCUCCUGCCAUUUCUGGUGAGCACGUUCCAACGCCAUUGAGCAAGGUGAUACUCUCUGGAAAUUCAGAUAUCAACUCAACUGGGAAAUCAUCAAAGCCAAUCAAUGGCCAUAACCGAGAACAAAUUACUCAGAGACCCACACUGUUCAGCGAAGAGGACGAGUAUGACGAAGAUGAUGAGGAGGUGGGUUCUUAA